GAUUGGAGGAAGACGUCCAAGGCCUAAUGUUUCCCAGCGACAUGGGGCCGCUAAUGUUCUUAGCAGUGGCGGUGUCCCUUUUGGGAUGCUGCCAAACGGACGAAAAAGUGUCGUUCUACGGGGCGAGCUACAUUCAUCUGCCCGUGCAAGAAGCGAAGGGCGCGACCGAUAUCAGCUUCCGGUUCCGAACCCACCUCGCGGACGCCAUGCUGCUGUUGGCCGCCGGCAAGACGGAUUACUGCCUGAUCAAACUCGAGGCCGGAAGAUUGAAGGUCCACAUUAAUCUAGGCGCAGGCGAGAGCGAGAUGGCCAGCGCCAGGGGGUUAACGCUGAACGACCUGAGCUGGCACGAGGUGAACCUGACCAGACGGGAGGCGAACAUCACGCUCAGGAUCGACGUGAUACACACGACCAAGUCCCUGUUACCGGGACGGUUCUUCGAGCUGAACAUACACUACGGCGUGUUCAUCGGCGGACAGGGUGACUUCAACGAGCUAUUUCUAGGGCACACGGACUACUUGAGGGGCUGCAUGGCGGACAUAAUCUACAACGGCGCCAGGGUAAUAGAGUACGCGAAGUCGAGGAAGGGCCAGUCGGAGGCGACUGCAGUGACUUGGGGCUGCUCGCCGGAAUUCGACGCGACGAGGAGCACGGAAGUCAGCUUCGUCGAGGACGGCGCGUUCACGGCGAUCCCGAGGCCAAUUCCACGCUCCGGAUCAAGAUGGGAGUUCGAGUUGAAGACGGCCGCCACGAGCGGGCUGCUGCUCUACAACACCGGGCAAUCGUCGUACGCCGAUUACCUCGGGAUCGAGUUGUUCGAGGGUAAAAUACGUCUGCUGAUGAACAAAGGGAACGGGCCGACGGAGUUGAUACACGGCGCGCCGGUCGCCGACGGCAAGUGGCACCGGGUGCUCGUCGAUUUCAACCCGAGCGGAAUCGGGAUCACGGUGGACCGCCAGGAGAAAACGAUCAGCCUGCCGUCGGGCGGCAAUCGUUACCUGGACUUGGCGGACACCCUCUACAUCGGCGGCACCGAGCUGAACAAACGCGCCAGAGCGUUGGGCAAGGGCCUGAAGUCCGGCGAUCUGAGCUACAAGGGUUGCUUGCGGAACAUGCAGCUGGACAACAAGGAGCUGGGCCUGCCGGACGUGAAGAUCAGCCAGGGGAUCGUGGUCGGCUGUGUUUGGGGGUUCCCGUGCGUCGAGGAGGAGCCCUGCGUCGCCGGCGCCGUUUGCUCCCAGCUGGGUGUCACCUCGUUCAAGUGCGACUGCGAUCAACCGUCGUGCACCAAGCCGAACUACGCCGAGGAUUACAAGGUUCACUCGAAGGCGAAUUUACCCGUGGACCUGGAGAUACUCUCGGUGAGCCCGGUGCUCGUGUCCGAGGGUGAGCACGUGCUGGUGACGAGCGAUAACAUUGCCAUGGUAUUAGACAUCGCUAAAUAUGGGGUGGAAGAGGACGGCGUUAUCUUCACCGUGGUUACACCGCCCACGUAUGGCACCCUGGCCCUGGACCUCCUAACGACCAGGACAGAGCACUCCUUCACUCUCCAAGACAUUAAUCGAGAUAAGAUACAGUACAUGCACGACGGCAGCGAAACCACGGAGGACAGCAUGGUCCUGGAGGUGACACUGGUGGCUGGCGCCGGUUACACGUUGCCCGGCUAUCUCCAAGGGCGGCUAAGGUUCCCGCUGCACGUCAACGUUACACCCGUUAAUGAUCCGCCGCUGCUCGAGAUACCGACCGCCAAAGUGCUGCGACUGGCUCAGGGGACGAGGAAGAUCCUGACGAAGGAGCUGUUCUGGGCGGUCGACGCCGACACGCCGUCGGACAUGCUGGUGUACACCGUGCUGCGCACCGACGCGGACGCCGGCUACGUCGAGAGGGUGACUUAUCCGUCCCGGCAAAUCGACAGUUUCACCCAGGCCGAGUUGAUGCAGGGGUUAAUCGCAUACGUGCAUCGUGGGAACGCGAAGCCAAACGCGAAGCUGGACCUGCAGGUGAGCGACGGUAUCGAGAGCAGCAAACCGGCGAGCCUCAGAGUGGCCGCUCACCCCUUGGAGAUCAAACUGAUGCACAACACGGGCCUGGUCGUGGUGCACCGAUCCUUCUCGUACCUGACUCCGGCGAACCUCUCGUUCACCACGAACUCCGACGACAACACCAUCGACAUACGCUACAACAUCGUCUCGCCGCCGCAGUUCGGCACGAUCCAGAGGAUGCGGGACGCGUCGAGCAGCUGGACGAACGUGGACCAGUUCACGAGCAGGGACGUCGAGCUGAACGCCGUCAGGUACCUGCACAACGAGGGCAGCCCGAACCAGGACGAGUUCAAGUUCCAAGCGAGCGUCCGGGAGGUCCGCGCUCCGCACACCUACGACUUCCGUGUGACGUUCAUAGACCUGGAACUGAAAGAGGCUAAGCGAGUGCCCAUCAACUUCACGAACGUCGCCGAGGUGGUCGUCAGCAGUCAGAAUCUCCGGUACCAGACGAACCCGUUGGUGACCUCGUCCAGCAAGAUCACGUUCACCUUGGAGGCUGGACCCAGGUACGGCAACCUGUUCCUCUCGAGUCGGAAGCUGGAAGUCGGGGACACCUUCAGCCAAGAGGACAUCGACACCGCUCAGCUCAAGUACCGUCUGUUCAAGCGCGCGUACUCGACCAUCCUGGACGAGAUCAGGUUCAAAGUGAGCGCCCCGCAGUGCGUCGACCUGCACGCCAACCUGAAGCUCAGGCACUACCUCAGCAAGAACAUGAAGCCUCUGGACAGCGUGGAGACGCUGCGAGUGGACGAGGGCUCGCGCGUGAUAGCCAGGAUCUACAGGACCAAUCCGAAAGACUACGGGGUCACUUCGCUGAUGUACAACCUGACCGUCGAGCCUCGCCACGGCUGGCUCACCGUGACCAACGACUCGCAGUCCCACUCGCGCAACAACACCUCCUACUUCACCACCGAGGAACUCGCCUCCCAGAGGGUGUACUACGUCCACGACGACUCGGAGACGCGCGAGGACUCGUUCCAGUUCGUCGCGGUCGCCACGGACGACGUGGACUUCAUGUACGUCGGCCUGUUCCGCGUCGAGAUGACCAUGAAGAACGACAACGCGCCGGAGCGAGCGGUCGACAAGGUGUUCCACGUUGUGUCGAAGGGCGAGAGGCUGCUGACCAGCAAGGACCUAGCGUACGUGGACAAGGACGUCGACACGAAGCCCAGCGAGCUGAUCUACACCAGGGGGGACACCCAGAGGAGCAGGAUCUACAGGGUGACCAAUCCCACCGUGCAGGUGUACGAGUUCAGUCAGCAGGACAUCAACGACGGCCAGAUCCUGUUCAAGCACCAGGGCGAGGACCACGGGAAGUUCGAGUUCGGCGUCACCGACGGACACUUCUACACGACCGGCGUCCUCGAGAUCCAGGCCAGCCCGCCUUACGUGAGGCUGAGGGAGAGCAACGGCUCGGUGGUGCAGUUCAACAGAUCCGUGGCCCUGAAACCCAGCGAGCUGGACAUUGAGACGAACGUGUACACGUCGGACAAGGAUAUAAAGUACACGGUGCUGGAGAAGCCGAAGCACGGGUUGCUGAUGAAGCUCGGCCGCGAGACGAACUCCUUCAGCGAGGAGGACCUGCGCUACGGGAUAGUGUCGUACAGGCACCUGGGUGGCUCGCUGGCGAAGGACGACUUCAGGUUCAGGGUGUCGACGAAGGGCGCUGAAACGGAAAGCGUGUUCUCGAUCAAAGUCUACCCCGAGAGCUACUGGCAGCCGCUGAUCGUCCAGAACAACAAGACCGUGUUCGUGGAGGAGGCGACCAGCGUCCUGCUGAACAGGAAGAGCCUGGAGGUUAUGCACCCGAAGAUACCGGACUCCGAGAUAGUCUACUUCCUGAAGGAGUGGCCGCAGAACGGCUACCUCGAGCUGCAGAUCCACGACGAGCACAGCGAGGAAACCCGCGAGGACUACAUCGGGAACGCGGUGAAGAGCUUCGACCAGAGGCUGGUGAACGAGGGUCGGAUGUUCUACGUGCAGUCCGUGAUGAACCAGACCAACGACAAGUUCGUCGUCGACGCGACCAACGGUAUCACCUGGUUGAGGGACCUGAGCGUGAACUUCGUCAUCGUCCCGGAGAAGCUGUACGUCGAGGCGAAGGGCUUGGUCGUGGUGGAGGGCAAGAGCGUCGUUCUCGACGAGAAGUGCUUCGUCAUCCUGACGCCUUAUUACUCCGGCAAGGUGACGGACUACCGGAUCACGGAGAAGCCGAAGCACGGGACGGUUCUGGACUCCACGAAGAACACGCAGGUGAAGAAGUUCUCGCAGAAACACCUGACCGCCGGGACGAUACUGUACAAGCACAACGGCGACGAGUCUUCCAAGGACUCGUUUAAGAUGGUCCUCGUCGCGGGAGACAAGACCAGCGAGCCGUUCGACAUUUGGGUGUACGUGGAGCCAGUCAACGACGAGCUGCCCGUGCUGAUCAACAGGACCAAGCUGAACGUCUGGCAGGGCGGCUCGAUCGUUUUAACUCCUGGCAGCUUGGCGGCGAUCGACAACGACACCGUGGCUCGUGACAUUGUCUUCAACCUGACUGGCGUCAGGAACGGCUUCAUUUCGCUGGGUUCAGCACCGCAGGUGGACGUGUACAACUUCACGCAGGAACAGAUUGAUCUGGCCGAGGUUGUUUUCACUCACACAAAUGGAUCCGAUGCUGAGUUCAAUUUUGUUCUAAGCGACGGAGUGCACACGUCCGAAUCCUACAACGUGCUGGUCGCCACCAAGCCGGUCCGGUUGACCAUCGAACGGAAUUCCGCUCUGAACGUGUUCCCCCUAAGCAGGAAACUGAUAUCAGACAAACUGUUAUUGACGAGGUGCUUGGACGAGACGCGGGAGAUAAAGUACGCGGUGCGAAAUGGGCCGCAUCUAGGCAAGAUCAUCAUGGAGACGAACGAGGGCGCUUGGCUGAACGUCGACCGGUUCACGCAGAGAGACGUUAACAACAGCAAAGUAUUCUACGAGCACACCAAACAAUUCAUGGACCUGACCGCCAAUGAUUCGUUCACGUUCGACGUGGAGGCGAACUUCGCGGAAUCCUUAACCAAUCAGGUAUUUCAAAUAGACAUCUCCGUCUCCAGCGGCGGUCUGGACAGGUACAUCUCUGCGAAGAAGGUGUGGGUAGAGGAAGGUGGCUCCGCCCCGGUAGUGAUGAACAUCUCUAGAAUCGUGUCGUUCCUCCAGACGCACGCCGGCAUCGCGAACCCGGUGGUCCUCUCGAAAUUGGUAGGCCAGCCGAGCCACGGUCACGUGAUGAUCGUUCCGGACUUGAACGUGACGACGUUCUCGCAGCCGCAAAUCGAGAGCGGCAAGAUCGCUUACUACCACGACCACUCGGACACUCUCGAGGAUCGCAUCAACUUCUCUCUGUACUUGACUCCCGGUCGCAUCCUGCUCUGCAACACCAGCAUCCCUGUGAACAUAGAGCCGGUGAACGACGAGCCGUUCAAGCUGAUCACCAACAAGCCCUCCAUCACGGUGGUUCAGAAUCAGAACCAAACGAUCACCAGGAACGACCUGCUGACGACCGACCCGGACACACCACCGGAGGAAAUUGUGUACGACGUGAUAUCCGGUCCCACGUGCGGCCGUCUGUUGCUGCUGCCGUUCAACGAGAACAUCUCAGAGGUGCACCAGGUGAACACGUUCACGCAGCACGACGUCGACUCGAAUCGGUUGGUGUACGAGCACAACGGGCCGCUUCAGGCAGCCUCUUUCUACUUCCGAGUGGGCGACGGCCGUUUCGAGCCGGUGUACAAGGUCUUCAACGUCUACGUGCUACCUAUCAAACUGAACGUCACCGUUCCCGGUCCGGUGAACCUCCAGCAGGGCCUGACCGUCGUGCAGAUCUCCGAGAGCAACGUGAAGCUGGACACGAACGCCAGGCAGGACCUAGUUGUCUACGAGGUAACGAGCAACCCGAAGCACGGCGUGCUGUACGUGAGGGACAGCACCGCGGUCAGUUUCAAGCAGACAGACCUACUCUCCAAAAGCGUGAUGUUCAUGCAAACGGACAUGACCGUGUCGAACGACAGCCUGGAACUCGCUGCCCGGCUCAGCGGGUUCGAGCUGAAACACAUCAGAAUAGAGAUCAAGGUAGUGCCGCUGAUGAUCAUGAACCCUAUGACAGCGCUGGCCGGCGAGAAGACGCGGAUCACGUUGCAGUACUUGGACGCCACGCCCCUGGCGAAGCUGACGAGCAGCAAUCCCGUGUACACGGUGACGAAGAAGCCUAAGUACGGGAAAAUAAAGAGGAUCAUCAGGAGCUCGUCGUCCUCCGGUGAAAAGCGGGGCACUCGGGAGAAGGAGGUGGCGAAGUUCUCUCAUCAGGAGGUGGUGUCCGGCGUGAUCUACCUAGUAUGCAGGAAGAUCCCCACGUUAGAGUACGACGGCGUCAUCGACAGCUUCGCGUUCGUCCUGGCUGCCUCCAUCUUCCAGCCGGCGAUCGGGGAGUUCGAGUUCCGCGUGAAGCUAGACAUGGACGAGUACAACAUCACCUUGGGAGGGCCCAUGGACCCGGUAGGCCACGAGGGUGAAAUGGCGAUCGCGCCGAACAUGAGCAACGACUAUCUGCUGAUUCUGGGGAUGCUGCUGGGUGUGUUCCUGCUCGGCGUGGUCGUGAUCGUCACCAUCCGGUGCAGGCACAACAGGUACAAGCACGCCGAGGAAGAGAAGCCGGAAACGACGCCGGCGGUCGGCGUGAUGCCGCUCCCCAGGCCGCCGGAUCAUCUGAUGCCCGCGACGCCCCACCUGAAACGCUUCACGAACGAUCACAACAGCGUGGCGGCGAGCACGCCGCUGCCGGUGUUGCCCGCCAUGACGUCGACGCUGCCCCAAUGCAAAGUGAUACCGCUCAGUCCCCUGGAGAGCAUCACCGGCUCGGAGGUGGACGUCUCGGCCAGGUAUCCGUACGGCGUCGCGGACGGCGACGAAUGGAGCAGCUUCGACACGUCGGACCUGCCUUGCCAAUCGGCCACCACACAGAGGACCAACAACCCCCUGCUAAGAAGGAAUCAGUACUGGGUCUAGCAAAAGGAGGGCUGCCCGCGGCUGACGCGGGCCAAGCCGUAACACACGUACACGCGCGAACGCGGGCACCGUACGCACGACGCACGUGCACACGCACGCCCCCUCGACUUACUGAAAGACUGUGGUUUUUUCUUACGAACUGCUCGAGAAACUAGUCGUCGAUUAUCAUGGUCUUAAUGUGCCUAAAAGAGAAGUGACUCUGCGGAUAUACGGGGGUACACACACCGGAAGCCUCGAUUUUAUAGCGGGAUCGUUGACGGAAACUCCUUUAUUCCCGGCGCGCGGCGGACGCGAUCGAUCCACGGCGUGGAUUCAACGUGCCAAAACAACUCGCGGACUUCUUAGGAGAAACCGGAGUGUGUAUUUACUCGGUGCUCGAACGCUCGCGGAUCCGGGAACGGAGUUUCCAUCAGACCUUUUUCUUUCUUCACUAACGUUUUUGUACAAGGGGAACUCUGUCGGGAGCGCUGAAUAUACGUACGUGCACUCGAAGUAGCAGUGUCUCGUGUAGUACCGUAGCUUCCCCGCGACAUGAACAGAAUUAUAGUCGGAACAGAACGAUUCGGUCGCGAGCUACCUUGUCCUCCAUUCGAGUGCCGUCGCUCACCUUUACACGGUAACGUUGAACGCAAUCGUCUGACAGCGAGUACGAUGGUUCCUCGCCGACGUUCUUCAGCGACUGGAUAAUUUUGUUCCCAUUAUAGCCUCGUCAAGUCUGUAUACAGAAAUACUAAGUCAGUCGCUAUUAUGGAUCGAAUGUGCCUAAGAGAUUACCAAUGUCUUGUAAAAAUACCUACUCGCCGUUUCCGGUGCUCGUCUCGGCCGGAACCACGUCAAUCAGAAUAUUUCUAUCCUCUCGGUGUUCCACGGCACGCGGUACUUCCCCUCCCUCGAUGAGGAGUCGCUGCGGCCGAACGACUAACUGCAAACGAGGGCCAGUAUCUGUAAGUGCGACGGAUAACGGAAAUAUUCGAACAAUCAGAAUUUCAGUGAUCGUUUUAUUUCAAAAUUACCAUCGUGUUCAUGAUUUUUGUAGUUCAUAAAGUACCGUAAACGUGCAAGACAAUUUGGAAUUGAAGGUAUGACUGAUAUGACCUUGAAAUUUUUACAAAGAUGGCGAAAAUGAUUUUCAUUGUUAUUUGCGCAAGAUGGACUAUCCAGCUAAGAGGUUAUCGCUUAACACGUUGAAUGCCACGAAAAACGUUUUAUGUACUCACACCUAACAAAAGAUAAAUAGGAAUAAUUAUUAAUUAUUUGCUACAAUCCUUACGUUGCAAUAUUAUCCACUUACUGAUAAUGUAUAAUAUAUGAAAUAUUAUCUACGUAUAUUAUCAAUUUUAUCUAAUUUACUAAUAAUAUGUAACAUAAUUAUGAAUUAUAAUUGUUUCCAAGUUAUUUCGAAGUUCAAGACACCAGCGACCACCGUGGCUGUCAACGUGUUAACCUCGACGACAAAAGAAAAAGUGACUCUUGCUAAUGAACGUUACUUCGAGACUAGUCGUACGAAUUUGAAUCGUUCGAUUUGAAGGAAGCACGCCGAUAGCGGCAUCUCGCGAUCGACGGUUUACAGGAAAAUGGGAAGUUCAAAUAUUUCCGUUAUCCCGCGUGACUCGGCAGCGACGUCGGGAGAGUUUGUACGAAGUAUCGGGCGUAGAACAUUAUACAUAAUUACCUAACGUUUAUAAAAGAGAAGAAAAAAGUGACUGCAAGGUGGAGUGCGUGUUUCAGAUUUAUAUACAACCCCCGGGAGUAAUGUAUAAAAAUGACGAAGCGACUUUUGUAACGGCGUAAACCCGCGCGUUUAGACGCGCACCUUACAAUAGGAACACUACGAGUUUUGCACAUAUCUUUUUACACCUUUCCCACGUAUUUCUACUGACUCACGUCGUACUCUCUCGUCGAGCUCUCAUCGUUCGAAUCACGUUACGUUUCAACGUCGCGUUCUACACUUUCCGUUAUUUUCUAUGAUUCUUACCUAUCGAGCAGCAGAAAAAUUAUCUACACGCUACAAGACUUCGUUCGCGACUUCCGGUGGCGAACAUAGGUUGAAGGGAGGGACGAAAGAUGGCGCUGUUCCCUAUCUAGCUUUUUAACCUGUUAACCGGCGAAAAUAAGUGAAUUCCCAUUGUUUAUUUUUCAAUUCUCUGAUUUCCGAUAAUUUCUCGUUUUUUGUUCGUUUAUCUGGAAAGUCUAAUAUUUCAUACGAUUAUAAUAUUUAUAAUACCACUAGCAUACUCUUGUUACAACUUUUGGCGGGAUAAACUAAAUUUCCAUCGUUCUUUGUAAAUAUAAUCCGGAUAACAGGCUAAAGUAUGACGCGCAACGAAUGCCAUUCACUUUUCAAACACAAUUUCGUCUGCCGGCCGGGAAUUAUUUAAAGUUUGAAUACUUGGCGGUUACACGCGACCAACUAAUUCAAAUAUAUCACUCACGAUCAGCCAUUAUCCAACGACAAUGCGUGGACGGAGUGGGGAUAAGCGUAAUUACGAUCAUCUUACCGUCUAUAGAUGAUCUGCCAUUUUUCUCUGAUUUUUGAAAAUCAUUUACCGCUAAUCGAUAUCCUUUCGACGGCAACUGUUUUCCCUAGCGCGCUCAUUAAACGCCGAUUGACAAAUAAAAACGCACGACAAUGGUUUGCUCAGUUUCCCUUCAAUAUUGCAAUAAAGUAUCGAAACGGUCGAUCAAUCGAUAGUAUUGGCUCGAUACCAACGGCGUGUCGAUUCUUCUCACGCUCGUCGAUCUUUCGGCGGACAUUACGUCUUCUGGGCCUGCGCAAACUCACAGUGACCUUAAUUAACGACGACUUCUUUACACCCUAGGAAACUGUAAUUAAGAAAACGCUCUAACGUCGAUGUUAAUAUAGUGAUAAUAAUAAUAGUGAAGAUUAUUAUUAUAUAUAUAUAUAUAAAUAAAUAUAUAAAUAUAUAAAUAUAUAAAUAUAUGAAAUAUGUACACUCCUACAUAGAAGACGCUGUUUCACGAAUUCAUAGCAUAUGCAUUAAUGUAAUAGUUCCGAUCGUACGAACGUGGAAAAAGGGGAAACAAUUUUUAUCGAUGAUCCAUUUGUUGAUUAAUGAAUAUGCUAGAAACCGAACAGUUAGGCUUUUUUACCAUCCCUAAAAAAAAAAUGAACCGAUCCGAGUGCCAAACUUCUAUAUUGUGUAAUAUAUAGUUAUACAUACAUAGGA